AUGAUUAAAACGUUUCUUCAAAGAAGAUACAGCCACAUUCUAUCGUCGCUGCUCCUCAAUAACCUUUUCCCGACGUGUAAGUCGUGUGGGAUCAAGCUACAGCAUGAGUUCAAGGACAAACCGGGGUAUUACCGGCCACCGAGCUUGAAGAACAAGAUUAAGAAAGAAGAUUUAGUAUUUAACAAGUAUAUGUCGGAGUUGUCAAGCGAAGACCAAAAAUUGAUGACAAAUAGCAAUGAGACCAACGUGAUAGACUACUCUGACGUGGUUAGAAAGGAGAAGAUGGAGAACCAUCGAGAUAAAAUGAAUAAUUUAAGUUGCAUUAGAUGUCGAGAUGCUAAUUAUCAGUCGAGUUAUCAAGGAUUUAAGAAUCGAGAAGACUACCCGAUUGAAUCGAUCGAUGCAAUCUUGAAUCAGAUUCCACCCAAUGGGAAUUUGGUGUUUAUAAUCAAUGCCCAGGAUUUCCCCAUGUCAUUUAAUAAAGAGAUUUUCAAGUAUAGAAAUUCUAAUCAGAUCAAGUUUAUAAUUACCAAGAAUGAUUUAUUAUUCCCAACCAAACAAUUAUUAGAUCGAUAUGGAUUGAUUUUCUACCGUGAUUAUCUUUAUAGAAGUUAUAAGAUCCCACUGGAGAAUAUUCAUGUAAUGAGUGGACUAAAUGAUUGGAAUAUUAAGCAACUAACUAACUUCUUACCAAAUGAAUCAUAUCUCAUUGGUCAUGUGAAUAGCGGGAAAUCAACAAUUAUUCAAUCAUUACUUUUCGCUAAGGAAAUGGAAAAGAAACAAUUGAAAAAUUCUAAAUUAGAAAGAAAAUUACAGAAAUUACAAGAUAUUUCGAUUAAUUCUUAUAAAUCGUAUAGGUUGAUGAAAAAAUCAACCAAAUUAAUCAAAUCAGAUAUCGGCCCUGCUAGUUCAUACAUGCCGGGAUUCACACGAGGCUGUAUUCCUUAUCAAUUAAGUAAUCGACUCACCAUUUAUGAUGUUCCUGGGUUUGUUAACAACCCGACCUUUGGUCAUGGAAUAUAUGACUUGAUUGAUCCCAAAUUGAUUAAAAAUAUAAAUAAAGGAGUCAAAGUUUAUAAUCUGGGUAUUUAUAAAUCUCAUUAUGAUACCAUCAGAAAUGAUCAGGUAUAUACAAUUGGAGGGUUAUUCUUAUUAAAAGCACCAACCGAUCAUACAAUGAUUCAAAUAAGAAAUUGUAUAAACUUUAAUUCUACAAUUUUUAAAGAUUUAGCUAAAACCUGGGAUAUUUUAUCCAAUUUAGAGUCAAAUCCUUCUUUAACAAAUAAAUUUUUAUUUGAACCAUCGAAAAUCCCACACUAUAAUAAAUUCAUAAUACCUCCAUUCCAUGGUUCAAUCGAUUUGGUUUUCAAAAACUUGGGUCAUAUCAAUUUAAAGGCCACUGGGGCUAAAACUCCAGAUCCUUUAAUCAUUUAUUUACCUUCAAAUAUGGAAGUCAUUGUUCGUCAACCAAUUACCAACUUCAUUAUGAAAACCUUAAGCGGCCGUGAUGUCAAUGGUAACCCUUUAAGAAAAGAAAACUGGGUUAAAAAAUCCAUUAUCGAAUUGAAAAGGUAUACCGGUUCUAACUUCACCUCAAAGCUUAUUCCUACAUCUAAUCAGAAACCUAACCAAUCGGACCUCGAUUUCGUCAAAUCUUACAUCACCUAUUUAAACGGUAAUUAUGACGAAGACUACAUGAAAAACUGGAUUGACUAAUCCCUG